GUUUUUAAAUAGGGUAUGGAACAACAUACCCUCCGCCUGGGUACCUCUCAGCACCACCAGCACCGCCAUACAAAGGGUACCCUCCACAGCCAGCAGGGUAUCCAUACCCGGCACCACCAUAGCCAGGAUAUCAAGGUUACUUCAAUCAAGGGUACCCUCCUCCACCACCACCACCACCCCCACCCCCACCCCCUCAAUCCCAGCCUUACCAGUUGUACCAUUGUGAGCAUUACCAAUACCAAAAUCAGAGCGGUUGUACCUCAUUCCUCCAAGGCUGUUUGGCUGCGCUUUGUUGCUGCUGUCUGAUGGGGGAAUGCUUCUACUAAGCCACUAUGAACUUUACAUAAUGUACGUGGGGUGUCCUCUAGUAAUUCUUUAUGUGAGGUCCUUGUAAUUUCUGCUCUCUGUAUCUCUAUUAUCUU